AUGUUGGUCCUGUUGAUAUAUACAGAACCAUGCCAAAGAAAUAAAUUCUUCUCAGUUGACCUUCUGAGCCGGCAUGAUUUUUUAAUUUUCUUCUUUUUUUGUUUGUUUUGUUUUAUAGCACUCUUCUUCUUUCUUUUUCUUUCCUAUUUUUCUUUUUUCUUUCUUUUUUAUAUUUUUGUUUUAUUCUUUAUUUCUAUUACAUUCUUUCUUUUGUCUUUUUUUUUUUUUCUAGAAUUUCUUCUUUUAUUUCAUCUUUCAGCUUCCGAUUCGUUUAUAAAUGGACACAUUUUCUUACAUUAUCUCAUUCUUUUCCUACCUAUCUAUCUCAAUCUUUUCCUAUCUAUCUCAUUGUUUUUCUAUCUAUCUAUCUAUCUAAUCUAUCUAUCUAUCUAUCUAUCUCAUUCACGUCCUAUCUAUCUAUCUAUCUAUCUAUCUAUCUAUCUAUCUAUCUAUCUAUCUAUCUAUCUAUCUCAUUCUUGUUCUAUCUAUCUAUCUAUCUAUCUAUUUAUCUAUCUAUCUAUCUAUCUAUCUAUCUCAUUCUUGUCCUGUCCUGUCCAUAUCAUAUCUAUUCAUCUAUCUAUCUAUCUAUCUAUCUAUCUAUCUAUCUAUCUCAUUCACGUCCUAUCGAUCUAUCUAUCUAUCUAUCUAUCUAUCUAUCUAUCUAUCUAUCUCAUUCUGGUUCAAUCUAUCUAUCUAUCUAUCUAUCUAUCUCAUUCUGGUUCUAUCUAUCGAUCUAUCUAUCUAUCUAUCUAUCUAUCUAUCUAUCUAUCUAUCUAUCUAUCUCAUUCUUGUCCUAUCUAUCUAUCUAUCUAUCUAUCUCAUUCUUGUCCUAUCUAUCUAUCUAUCUAUCUAUCUAUCUAUCUAUCUAUCUAUCUAUCUCAUUCAUUUUUCUAUCUAUCUAUCUAUCUAUCUAUCUAUCUAUCUAUCUAUCUAUCUAUCUCGUCUUUCAUCUAUCUCUACCUUAAUCUUUAUCUCACCCAAUGUUAA